AUGGGUGAUACUUAUGAAAACAUUGAGUCGCUUGUUAGAGAUCCGACUCCUUGCGUAUUAUUUUUGACGGAAGACAAGAAUAAGCAAUCACUCAUAAAUUCGUUUAGACAGGCUUCUGUUGAUAAAUCUGGGUCUAAUUUCGCUAGAUUACAAUAUGUGACGCUUGCUGAUAUCCCUGAUUUCACUGGAUUGACAAUUGAUUACAUAGGGCCAAAGCUCAUAAAUGGAGAUUCAUUUCUUACAUACCCAGGGUCUAUCGUUAUCUACAUAGAUAUUACAUCUGUUGAACAUUAUGAGAAUUAUGAUUACUUACCUAACAUUGAGAACAAUGUAUCGUACUUUGCAAAAGAUUUGACGCCCUUCAUAAACAACCAGACCAAGGUAAUUUUAAUGCUAAAUUUUGAUACUAAUUCCACCAAUCCCAAUGUUAACAGCGCAGCAAUUAAAAAUUUUAGCAUAUGCACCAUAGAACAUAUUUUGUGUUUCUGCAAUGAGGAUCUGGACAAGAACAUUAAAAAGGCAGAAGACCUUUGUUAUACACUAAAUAAUACAUUUUGUGAGCGCCACAUAAGACAUUUGAAGAAGCUCAAAUUGUCUGAUAGUGAUUUUUUCAAAAAUAACCCAGGGAUUAGCACACAGGAGUGUAACAAAUGGGAAUCCUUAAGACACAGUUACAUUGCUUAUAUACACGAGUUAUUAAGGGACGGUAAGAAUUCGCUUAAAAACUACGAUAUCGCAUGGAAUUUAAUUAAAUAUAAUGAUGGAGUAGGCCAUAUAUAUACUGAAAAUUAUAAUGAUGACGAUAAUUUCCACAAAACAGACAGUAUUGAUAUUAUCAAUACUGUCAAUCCUUCCUUAUUUAUAAUAUCCGAAGAAUACUACGAUAUACUCGCAAUCGAACUUAUAAGAUUAGUUAUAUUAGUAAAGGAGUCAAGGAGUAAUGACAACUUUGGAUCGUUACUGCGCAAAAUAGUGCAACAGUACUAUCAACUUGUAACGAACAAUAAAUCUGUCAAUAUAUAUACAAAUACGAAUUAUUUGUAUAGAUUUGCCAGGCUACACUACUUCAUUAGUGAAAAAUUGUCUGGACUGGAAAAUGUAUUGGAAUUGAGAUUGGAAUUCUUCAAGUUUAAGCCCUAUCACAUGUUUACUGCAGGCAAAUAUACUUAUAUGUUACACAAAUUAAUAAAAUCAAAAAAUAGUGAUAAUGAUAACUCUAUAAAUAUUAGCUAUGAAUAUGGAGUAAAUAUAUUGAAGAAGGCGUUUAGCGAAUUUUCAAAUGUUGGAUGGAAUGCCCACUGUUAUAUUACACUAGUAUUGUUGUUCAAGUUUUACAUGUUAGGUAAUUAUGCUGAUAGUGCGGAAUCCGCCUUUAACAAGAUUUAUCAGAAUCAACUAUUCAACUAUUAUAACCGCGCAAAUUAUAAUCAAAUUGGUAUUCACACAAAAAAUAUAUGUACCGAUUGUAUGUGGAAAAAUGAGUGGCAUUUGAACGAUGAUAUAUUAUCCUUCGGCAAAAGGAUAAUUUCCAAUGAAAUUGGAUGGAUUUGUACUGCGUUGAAGUCCAUUAAUGGCGAUCCUGAGGCGGUUAAAAAGGUCAAAGAUGGAGUGGCUUCUGCUAAAAUUCUAAAGUUUAUCCCAUUGCAAAUAAACAUCCCAGGGAGAGCUACCUUGUACUUAUCGGAAGAAAUAAUAUUACUAGCAUUCAAACUAAAUGUAGCCUGUGGAUUUUAUUGCUGUUCAGGGCAAAUUAAGUACCAUCUAGAGGAUGGGCACAAUACUUGCAGCUUCACCUUUGAGCCAAUGGCCACUGAUACUAAUAAUAAACAAUUGCAUCAAUUGCUAGUUGGACUAUUGGAGGCUAAAAACAAUUUAGAUAUGGAAAUGAAACCCAUGGAACUAAACACUAGUGAAUAUUACUUAUUUCUUACGCCCUUUGACCACUUAAAUGCUACAAUUCUAAGUAAAUCUACACAGUUGGCUUUUAAUAUUAGCACCACUGACAAUGAUUCCAACAAUUUAACGUUGUUUAAUGCGUCAGUGCCACUAGUGGUACAAGAGUUUACCUGUCAUCCUGUAUUAAUUAGAUCAAUUGGUUGGCCAAGAAAAUCAUUAAAAUAUGAAUUACCAUAUUCAAAGCGCAAAAAUUCAGUAAUACGUACUAGCGUAAAAGUGAAGCAAUUAACAAGUUAUUGGAUUGACAGAUUCGCACCAAUUAUGCUUGAAUUUGACGUAUAUAAUUUUACAGUAUCGCACAAAGAUAUCAAAAUAACUAUGUCUAACUGUGACGUAACUGCAGUGCCCUUAUUCUCAGAGGAUAAACCCAAUGGCACUAGCGCUGAUAUAAAUAAUAAUAUAACCAAUGAUAUGGGUGAUAAUAGUGUGAAAUCCUCUCUAAUCAAACACUUUAAAUACCAGUUGAACGUUAUACAUCACUGCAACACUGACAAAAUAUAUAACUUACAAAUUCAGGUAUCAAAUUUUGAUAUUUUAACAACAAAAAUUCAGCUAGAAUAUACCAAUGGCAUUAUCUUCACCUAUAAGAAAGAAACUAUAGUUUCAGAUGCCAUUGGAGUGGGCGACUUUGUAAAUUAUUCUGUCAAGACUACAAAUCUUACCAAAGAUACGUUAAACGUUGUCAAACUUAUAUAUGAUGAUCAAAAGGUUAUCGCUCCAGGAGAAUUGGGGAUCAUAGACAAUUUACUAUCCAACGAAUCAUGUGUCAUAUUGCUAAAUGACCACAUUUCACUCGAUACAGUACCUCAGGAAAUUAAAAUACUAUUUCAUGUGAACAAUUUUUCGGUGGAUGGAAAUACGGCGCCAAUCGAAUGGAUUGCCACUGCGAAAUUAAGGGACGAUAGCAAAUACGGGGGCCCACAGGAUUUAGAAGUAAGAUGUGCCAGUGAUAGCAUUGCACGGAUUGGUACAGAGUUCAAUUAUGAGGCACAGAUUAAAAACAACACGGCAAACACCCAAGAAUUACAGUUGAAGCUAAAUUGUAUGGAUUCUGGUGGAAUGGAAUUGUUAGUAUCCGGGCCAACUGUACAUAAUAUGAUAUUGUUGCCAUAUGAUUCGAAGGUGAUAUGUUGGAAGAUGGUAUCCACGGUAUUGGGGCACAUUAAAUUGCCUAACGUUAUUAUUGAAAAGAAACGGUGGAUACACACUGGUGAUGAUCAGCCCAUGGAAAGUGCACUCACGCACAUAUGCAUAUUGCCUAACAAUGCCUAA